UGUCAACGCCUACUGACCCUUUAGAGGCCGUUCAUGUUAUUUUUGUACUUGCACUAUGGCCUGUUUACAGAAUGACCCUUGCUGCCUCUAAGAGGUCUGGAUCUCAGCCUAGGGACUCUGAGCUUAGAGGGCAACCUCAGCUCUAGCUGAGCAAUGACCCUUUCCUCGGAGGUCUGAAUUUAAGCUUGUAGGGGCUCCCUGUCCAAAUUUCAAUUUUGGCAAUUCUCCAUUUCUUGCUUUCUCCAGUCAAGGGAUAGUGAAGUAAUAGCUACUUCCAAUGGCUCCUGCCUGAAUGUCACCAAAUAUCAGUUACUGCUUUUAUACCUUGAUCCUUUGGGGUUGGGGGUGCUGGUGAUUGAACUUCACAUAUGCCACGCAAGCACUAUACCAUGGAUCUAUACUCCCAACCUCCCAGAUACGUCCCUUCUGUUCAAUUUGUUUUCUUCGGAUGUUUGCCAGGGAAUGGUGCCCUUUGUUAGAGGUAGUUGGGGAUGGGACCAGCGCCAGGAGCUUUGAAAAAGACAUCUCCCACACUUCAUUGCAAAAACCACAUCUGAGGUGUUCAGAGAAGCCCAAAUCCCAUAGUAUAAUCCAUUCUCUAGACUAUCAGCAACACUCUGCCGUCAGAUGUCAUAGUGAGAUCUACUCUGCAUGGCUGUGGGUAGUUCUGUUGCUACAGCUGCCACAGACAGACAUAAAGGACUCCUGAUUUUGAACAAAUGCAGCCGGCUUUUUUCCUGCCUUCUUCACUUCACCUCCCAGAAUGACUCGAGCCUGAGAAUACAGUCCUGAAUGGUUUACCUAAGUUCACUCCCUUUUCUGAGAACAGGAAAUCAAAAGCGAGCCCACCCACCUCCUCUGCUGGGCAAGGCUGCUGGAUGGUCCCCACCUGCAAAGAUGAUUUUGUGGAAGAAAGUCUGUUGGCGCUAUCAGGUGUGGACCGUGGGCUGCUACAUGCUUCUGGCCAUCAUUGCCCUGAAACUGUCCCUCAGACUGAAGUGUGACUUCAAUGUCCUAGAUCUGGACUCUAAGGAAUUUCGCAGCCAGUACUGCAGGGAUUUCCUGUACAAGAACCUGAAGUUGCCAGCAAAGACGUCCAUCAACUGUUCCGGGGUCACUCGAGGGGAGCACAAAGCGGUGAUCCAGGCUCUGCUGAAUAACCUGGAGAUUAAGAAGAAGCGGCAGCCCCUCACAGAGGUCGACUACCUUAGCAUGACAGCAGACUGCGAGCAAUUCAAGACCAAAAGGAAGUUCAUACAGUUCUCGCUGAGCAAAGGAGAGGCCGACUUCCCCAUUGCAUAUUCUAUGGUGGUCCAUGAGAAGAUCGAGAACUUUGAAAGGUUGCUGCGAGCUGUGUACGCCCGCCAGAACAUAUACUGUGUCCAUGUGGACCAGAAGUCCCCGGAAAUCUUCAAGCAGGCAGUCAGAGCCAUUGCAUCAUGCUUCCCAAAUGUCUUCAUAGCUAGUAAGCUGGUGUCAGUGGUCUAUGCUUCCUGGUCCAGGGUACAGGCUGACCUGAACUGCAUGGAAGACUUGCUCCAGAGCUCCGUGCCAUGGAAAUACCUCCUGAACACCUGUGGGACAGACUUUCCCAUCAAGACAAAUGCUGAGAUGGUCCAGGCCCUCAAGCUUUUGAAUGGGCAGAACAGCAUGGAGUCAGAGGUACCACCGCCACAUAAAACAUUACGCUGGAAAUACCGAUAUGAAGUGAAAGACACAUUGUACAUAACCAACAAGAGGAAAACCCCUCCACCAAAUAACAUAACCAUAUUCACUGGGAAUGCCUACAUGGUGGCUUCUCGAGACUUCAUUGAACAGGUAUUAAACAACUCCAAAGCCCAACAACUAAUUGAAUGGGUAAAAGACACCUAUAGUCCUGAUGAACACCUAUGGGCCACCCUCCAGCGUGCCUCAUGGAUGCCUGGAUCAGCUCCCUUGCACCACAAAUUUGACCUCUCAGACAUGAGAUCUAUUGCGAGGCUAACCAAGUGGCAGAGCCACGAGGGAGACAUUGAGAGGGGGGCGCCCUACACACCUUGCUCAGGCAUCCACCAGCGGGCUGUCUGUAUUUAUGGAUCUGGGGACCUGCACUGGCUACUUCAGAACCAUCAUCUCUUGGCCAACAAGUUUGACCCAAAGGUAGACGAUAACGUCCUUCAGUGUUUAGAAGAAUAUCUACGUCACAAAGCCAUCUAUGGGACCGAACUGUGACAUCCUGCAAGACGAUCGCUACCUGUAUGGCAGGACAAUGCCAGGCCUUACUGGGGCAAUAUGGAGUGGGCACCUAGGGCUCUGGACUCCAUGUGUCCCCUAGGACGAGGGGGCUGCUAUGGGAGCAUGGGUAAGUAGAUCUCUGUGCCCUGUGAACUGCUGCUGAUGACUGUGGCUACUCUCCAGUCCUCUCCCCAAGAGCCCCUUUGGCUUUCUCACAGAGCCAGAACCACAACUACUGCUAUUUGGGAGAGUAAGGGAGGACCACGUGGCCAGGAACUCUAGGUUUUGACUGCAGGUUUGUUGGGGUCAUGGGAGAAUUUUAGCAGAAAGAGCCCUCCCCUUUUGUACUGUUAAUUUAAAAUAAAAAUCUUCCAAGCCAAAGUCCUAUCCCUACAGUGUUGUCUAUGAAUCCAGAAAUAAUCUGAACAGAUAAAAUGUGUGAGACUUUUCUCAUGUGCUGAGGACAGUCUCUAGAGAAGUCCCCAUGGCAAGCUGUGUAUCACAGAGCUAAUUCUCUCAUUACAGAAAGCCUUCCUAAUUUUGUUUACACUGGCAGAUUCUAACUUUUCCAGAAGGCAAAGGACAGAGUGAUUUAACUAGUAUGACAACUAUGUAUGUGUUUAGGAGAAACCCAUGGUGGCUUCAAGGCCAAAACUUACCAUCCUGUACCGGCAGCCAUUUCACAGGAGCUCAUUUGGGUAGGGGGAGAGGCUGCACUGUUAAUUAGGCUGGAAAAUGAAAGCAAACUCUGUCUUGCUAAAUCAAGAUGCCUGAGUAUAUUGUUUAAGUGUCUUGAAUGAAAGCUGCUUUAUUAUGUGAGUAUCAGGCUUACUAUUUGCCAUUCUGUAGAUAAUGUGUUUCCUUGUAGGGACACAGUGAUGUGUGUACAUAUAGAUAUAUAAAUGCUAAAGUGUGUACAUUUACAGGUAUAUAUAUUCCCUUGUGAAACAUCUUCCUCUUUGAAGACCCAGAGCUAACUAUUGGCCAGUAUGCAUUCUAUUCUGUAAUGACCAAAGGGCACUAAAAACUAUAGGUGGAAUCCUUGAACACGGUAUAGCUGACUUUCUGUGUACAUGUCCCAGAAGAGGGCUUUAUGUACAAAUUUUCAUGAGUAAUGUGAAUUAGGUUCACAUCAAUAUGUUAGGAUGUUAACAUGUUUCUUCAUCUCAAGUCCUGAUCCAGUUAAUGCUUUCUCUCUACAACCAACUUUUACUGUAGCCCACAUCUUUAUAAGAGUUAGUGUGUGACUGGAAUUUCUUUCAGUUUUGAGGCAGAGUUUCUCCAUACAGCCAUGACUGCUCUACAGUCCUCUAUGUCCUGGAACUCCUUCUGUAGGCCAGGCUGGACUCAAACUCAGAGAUCCAUUUGCCUCUGCCUCCCCAGCACUAGGAUUAAAGGGGUGCAUUACUGUGCCUGGUGGGAUUUUCUAUUUCACAAUGAGAAAUCCACUCCCUCCUUUUUUUAAAGAUUGGUCUCCCUGAGUAAUGGGCAUUGUCACUACAAACUUACUCAAGAACCUUUGGCUCUUGCUCCCAGCCUUACCUCAAAGGUGACUAGUGGUUUACAGAUUGGUGAUUGUGUCAUGACAUCUGUUGCCAGAAGCAGUGACUAUUCCAGGUCCUCCCCAGAGGAGGAAGGAAGAGGAGCUGCUGCCCUGUGAGAUAGAUGUGUGUAGAAACACCUCCCAGAAGAUACAUGUCUUCAAGGCCAAAGUUCCCUGAAAGCUUUCAAGACUGAGCUGUAGCUUUUCACAUAAAUACAUUCAAGCUAUUGGUCUAUGAACUUGUCAUUUCUGGGAAACAAGUUUCUGGAAUUUUCCAAGAGUCAGGUGGAUGAAAGUAAGGUUUUUUUUGUUUGUUUGUUUGUUUUAAACAGCAUGAGGUCAUCAAAUCAGAAGGAGCAAACUUCACCUUGUUUAAUGUACUUUCAAGGUCACACAGGGAAGCCAGCAGCACAUCUGUUGAUUUUUCUUUUUCGAGUGUUAUCUGUUUAACCUUUCUCUGGAAAGGAAUAGCCUUGUAAAUGAAUCGAGCUAUUAUGCUUGUAUCACCUCUAAGGCUUAAAUUUCCUCCUCAUUCUGAUGUGUGGCCACUACUGAGCUAUAUUUUAAUAACUGUGUCUUUGUUGCAUGUGCGACUCACUAUAUUUGUUCUUGGUUUAGUGAAAGUCUAUUGGGAAAAGAAAAAGCAGUUAUUAACUUUGGGGCAUAUAAUUUAUUUGGAGAGGUCAGGUGAAUUAUUUAAAAAUGGAGAGCAAUAUCUUGCCUAUUUAAAGUACCUUUACUGACUAAACCAAAGAUCUACCCUUAUGUAUUCUACUUAGUCAUUAUUUAUUGCAAAGGUGAAUAAGUUGAUGUACUGGCAACCAAUAAAAUAAUUCAUUCUACAGUUA